GCUCCGAUCUGUCGCCUGCAGUCACAAUCAGACUUUCAGUAUUAGUGCAGCAAUUAAAGGAACCGUACCGCAUGAUUGGUUCGGAGGAUGAUGGCUGAUACUUACCAGUACCCAGUUUUCUUUGAAUUUGACAACCUCAUUGAAGCGCAGAGGAAGAAAAUAGAAAGAUAUUUCUGUGUUCGACGCAAAUCGGGUGGAGGAGAGUGCGGACCACUGACCAGAGUGAAUGACAACGUCUACAGCAUAGCUUUCCGGUACCAGAAAGAUCAGCAGGCAGUUCUUAAGAGGUCAGAGCACAAUGUGGAGCUUGAAGACGGUCCUGUGGUGUUGACUGUCCGAGCCAGCCUCGAACCCCGCACCGCCACAGCUCCAGCUCAGAGCCCACAGGCUAUCUCUGCCUCAACUCCUCCACCAAGUGGUGAAGAAGAAGAAGAAUUAUACCUCGAUGUUGACCUCUGGGACCUCGAGGAUGAUCCCAAACAUGAUCAAGAGCUUGCUGCUAUGGCCUGCUCUUCUCUGUUAUAUGCAGAGGAGGGUAGGUCAGCGUCUGGUGAGCUCAGUGAGCAAUUGGCUGCGGCUGCUUUCCUGUCCAGCCAGGAUGGAGUGAAGGGGGUGGCUGUCACAGACCAGGAUGCUCUGUACCUUCCUCCUGUAGCACCUUUCAGUGACAGUGCCCACAGAGUCCAGACUCCUCCCCAGAACCGAGCCAGCCCUACGGAUGAGCUUGUCCAGACGCCUCCUGUUCUUGGCUGUCAGGCUGCCCCCCCAACAGACGACAACAUACAGCACAGCACUCUCAACAACAGACUUGUAAAACGUGAAACCUUUCAACACCAAGGAUUAACUGAAGAUGUGCAGCAACAAGACCAGGUGUCUGCUACGAAGAGAUUAGUGGUGCUGGGGAAAACUGGAUCUGGGAAAAGCAACCUGGCUAACACCAUAUUUGGAGAGGAUUUGUUCAAGACCUAUGAUUAUGACAACUCUGGAACACAUGAAUGCAAAGCAGUAACUAAAUGUGUCAAUGAAAGAACCAUUACUUUUAUUGACACCCCUGGUUUCUUUGACACAGAAAGGCCUGAAGGUAAUCUGACCUCAGAGAUAGUGAGGUGUAUGACAGAGUGCGCUCCUGGGCCCCAUGCUUUUCUGAUUGUGCUCAAAGUGGAGAAAUACACAGAGCACGAGAAAGAUGUCAUUGAAAAGUGUUUCUCCAAACAGGCUCUGAAAUAUGCUGUGGUCGUCUUCACUCAUGGAGACCAGCUCCAGGAGGGAAUGACGAUUAAGGAAUUUGUGAGUCAGAAUAAGGAUCUGGACGAGUUGGUGAAGAAAUGUGGUGGCCGAUGUCAUGUCGUUGAUAAUAAAUACUGGAAAGAUGACAAAGAGGAUGACUACAGGAGCAAUCGCUACCAAGUGGCAGAGCUACUUGAGACAAUAGACAAGAUAGCUGAGGAAAACGAUAGAGAGUACUUCACCAAUGACAUGCUAGAAGACAUGAAGCGACAAAUAGAGACAGAAGAAGAGAACAUUAGACAGUCAGCUGGAUGUGAAAUGUCAGAGGAAGAGAUUACAAAGACAGCUAAAACCAGUGUGUUUAAGAAUUUGCUGACCAGAAACAAUGGAUCCAAUGGAUUCAAUGUAUUUGAUGUAUUCAAUCAGAAUUCAUCAGGUGUGCUGUUAGGAGCCUUCCUGAGUGUUGCAUUGAUGGUAAUGUCAAGACGUAUCUAGAGGCUUUCAUAGUCAGUACCACCACCAUCAACAGGUGGAGGAACAGCAGCAGUUGUCUUGGCUGCUGGAAGCAGGAGAAUGAAGGGAUUUAAAACAGCUGAAGCUAUGUUCUGUCUUUAUCAGACCAAGGGGUGCAAACAGCAAAACAAGAAAUAGAGCAGAGCUUGAUGUUUUUGUUUUGUAAUACCAUUAUUAUCUAAUUAUUGAAGGAUUAUUAAUGUCAAUUCACAUAUGAGAUUGUGAAGAAUGAUGUUUUUCUUAUUCUAUUUUUUAUAUUUCCUUGUUGACGUGAUUCUUAAGUGAGCAAUUAAGAGGAGAUUCAUUAAAUGCUUAAUAUGUACUUUUAUACAUAAACUCUGUCUAGGAAGGACGAAAGGCAUUCGCAACAUUGGAGCAUCCUUUAAACGCUGUUACGUUUAUUCAUUUGUGCUAUGUAUACCACUUUAUUUUACACUUCUUUAAAAAAAAAAAAUCUUGUAUGUGGGGAUAUUUAACAAUUAAAAAGUGUCUGACUCAAUAUUUGGGCUACAUUAAACUCCAGCAUGUAACCAUCUUAAAAUAUCAAUGAUCUCAACUUUUUCUUAAUAUCAAUAUUCUCUUUACAAACACAUGCAUAAGUACCCAAAUAUUAUCUACUUCUGCUAAUGUCCUGCUUUAAGAAGUUUUAAUUAAAUGUUUUAUGUCACCUACUUCACAGAUAAAUUACAACACACCGAUCAGGCAUAACAUUAUGACCGUUUUCCUAUCCCAAUAUUGUAUAUAUCUCCCUUGUGCCUCUAAAGAAGUUCUAACUCAAUGAUAGUCUGCCCCCUGUUGGACAAAGGUGAAAAAUGAAUCAUGAUGACGCGGACAGGGUUGGCAUGCUGCCCUCCUUCUCUCACAUUUAGAGAAACGAAACUUAAGAGUCGUCCCCCCUCUCAGUGAGC